AUGGUUCUGUGGGGUGCCAAGUAUCAGCCCCAGCCAGAUCUCUUCUAUGUCCGGUCGGGUGCAUUCUUGCGCGCAAAGUAUAACACGAACAACGGGGGCAGGUACCAUCAAUAUCAGGGCUUCAAUGAUGCAUUCAAGGACGAUAGUACGGGUACAUCCCUGGCAGGAUACUGGCCGUUCUAUGCCCACCUCGAUACGGACCAUGCAGUGGCCAUGUGGCACGAUAACCCAGCCUCUGACAUUGAAUACUCUCAGACGGGCAACUGGAGCGGUUGGCUUGUGCCUGACGCCAAUUCUAUGGCCGGAAGCAAGUUGGCAGUGGUACCAACGGGUACAAACAUGACGAGCCUGUCCUGGUGGCGAAAUUACGGCCUGUUCUAUCAAGCCAUCACUGGGGAACUAGCGUUUAUACAGCCCCACAAGGGCUAUGCCGAAGAAAAUAACACAUUCAUAGAUAGCUGGCGCAGUGACGCAAGGUUCCCGUUGAUCUCCCUCGCGCCCGGCGGCUCCUUCGCGGCCUUCACUACGGCCAGGCCGGAGAGCAGCGAAGGCCUCGUCAACACCUAUGUGCUCUACCAAGAGCCCUCGUCACGAAUUAGUACGGUUCAUCUUGACAACCACUCUCAGUGGGUCACGACACAGCCCGCGGCUCUCAGCAUCGCAGACAACGGGACAAGCAUCGCGUGCGUGACCAUGCCCAUGACGCAGAGGGAUUCCUAUGGGUACGAUCUGGACCUCGAAGUGGCUUCGGUCCAAGCCAACAGGUGUUACUUCCAACGAGAGGGAAAUGUGAUCGAAGUUGCGUUGAAUGGCACCGAUUGGACCGAGCUGGGCACAGUCCCAAUCGAUUAA